AUGGCGUAUUCUUGGGACUACGACGACCGUGACCGGAGGCUCCACGGAGUCACGCCGGUAUUCAGCUGCGUCGCCUACUUCUUCGUAGGCAUAAGCGUGACGCUAGUAUACGCCUUAGGCUAUGUAGGCAGCAUUGCGCUGUUGGAUGGGCUGGGGAUUAACGCUGAGCUCUCCAACGCGUUCUACAAUACAAGGCAGCUGAUUAUAUUCUGCGCAUUCAUCGGGGCAUCCAUCGCGCUCCUAUUUGGGCUUGGAGGAAGGAUAUCGUUGGCUGUGGAACAAUGUCUGCUGACAGUGUGCUAUUGCGGUGCCGCGGGGUACAUAUGGGCCAGGAGCAGCGACCUGCAUCUGCGGGUCAACAGUCUGAUGAGGUUUGCUCCGGCGACCGCCAUGCUGUCGAGCAUGGCGCAGACGGCGGCUAUUUACUGCAUGACAGACUAUUCUAUGCCGGGAGGUGUUGCGUACACCUACUAUCGCCUGACAGCGUUCUUCGUGGGAACUGCCAUGGCAGGGCCACUUCUGUCAUGCUGGUUCGUGGGCAACUGGCUGCUGGGGGGCGAUUCUGAGGAUAUAGGGAUGUUGUUCUACGUGUCACGGUCAAGGAUGACGCUUAUGUUUCUUUGCUGCCUGGCGGCCGGGAUGUGCGCCAUCGCAGCUGCCCUCACCAUUUACAUGUUUCUGUGCACCGGAGAAAAAACAUGCCUCGAUAAAGAAUGCUGGUUCCCGCUAAUCAUGUGCGCGCCCUGCCACAUUUCACGUGAUUCAUUGAAGAAGCAAAUCAACUCGCUAUAUGUGCCCUUGUUAUGGACGGCCAACCCGCUGUUCAUUGCGUUCGUCAUUGCAGUGACGCACAACCCAUCGCGUUCGGUGAACCUCGUAUUCACCCAGUUCAUCGUGUACGCUGUAGCUGCCAUCGCUCCUGCGUGGUUAGCGUAUUUCGAAAAUCCGCCGCCUCGAGGUGAGUUCUUCGGGCACAGUGCGGGGAUGCGCCGUGUGCUUGGGGCCAAGCAUGCCAACAGACGGGAGGUGCUCAAAACAACAGGCGCUGACGCACUGAUGAGCGUAUGUCGUCAGGCAAGAAUGUUUAAGGAUGUUGCCACGUAUCAGGAGUCCAUCGGCAACUCGCAGAUGAGAGCCGUGUCACACCUAAAGAAACGAACGAUGAAUCGAGCGCGAGUAAGCGCCACCACGCAGUGGACGCUAUUACAUGGUGAGUUGUGGGCGCAGUGGCAAUGCCGUGAUUCCACAUACCUUCUGUGCACUCAAGCAGUAGAGAGAAUCUAUCACACGCUUUGGGAUCUGGGGAACUUGUACAGCGGAAGCCUGUAUGACAACGUUGACGAGAUCAUGAAACAGUAUUGCGAUUUCAUCAACUGCAACGGGAUGUUACAUGGUAUGCCAUUUGCGGUUGACCCGUCAUGGGAUUCACUACAGUUGCUGCAUAAAAUGCUCUUGCAUCAGAAGUCUAUUCUAAUGCUGCAGACGGAGAGGACCGGCACAAUGUACGCUGAUGGACUUACAAAACGAAUUGACGCCACUGCGUGCAGUUUCCUGAAUAGGCUCACCACCUUUGGACAAUGCUGUAUGUGUGUUCUACGACGUGUUGUAGAUACAAACGAUUAUGAGAAGGAAUCGAAGCAUGGACAUGGCAGAAUUACAAUAAGUCAUUCACGUAAUGCGAGCAUCCGGGCCAUUUCCGGCUGCACGUGUUGUUUUUUGUCAAAGCAAACUCACAUCAAAGAUUUCCUAAAGAGCUCGAUCAGCUCGGUCAAAGACCGCUGUGGAAGCCUGGUGAACGAUAUCCACAAGCAAGAGAUAUUCAAUGAGAAAGGAGACGUGCCAGAAAAGCUAUCAUUAGAAUUGGAAAGGAGACUUAUGUGUAUGCUCAGGAGCUAUUGUGAGUCGAUAAUGCUUUUGAUUGACAUAUUGCUCACCAUAGAUGAGCUUAUUCUGAUACAGGAGUGGCUUUGUAAGUUAUGCUGGGAUGUAAAAGAUAUCCAUAGAAAACUGCGGCAACGUCGUAAAUGUGACUGUGAGGAUCAUGAGGAAGAUCACGAUGAGCAUGAUCAUGGAGAGGAACACGAUCAUGGUCAUGAGGGUCACAGUGAACAUGAGCAUGGUAAUGAUGAAGAACACGGUAAUGGACACAACGAUCAUGAUGCGGAUGGCAGUCAUCAUAGUGAUGAAGAGAGUCAUGAUGGGCACAGUGAUGAAGAUAAUGACGACGGACAUGGGCACGGACACGGGCAUCAUCAUGGAGGUUGCCGUGGACACGGGCACGGUCAUCACCAUGGCAGCGACACUGAACAUCACGAAUACACGCCUAAAUGUGUUUGGAAACUUCUGGAAAAGAUUCUCCGGAUGAUUUGCAAAGUUCUUAUAAUGUUGCACUCUUACAAAAACGAGUUAAUCCGCAGGAUUGUGGAAAUGUCGAAAUGCUGCACCGAGUCUAAACAUUCAGAAGCACUUUACAACGAUGAGUUUAGUGCUGUUGGACUUCUCAACACAAUACGUGUCAUGGUCAUACUUGUGUUAUCGAUUUCUGACCUGCUGAAACUUAAUGAAUAUAUGGUGGAGUGGGAUAAAACAACUAAAUCUGACACAAACAAAUGCAACGAUACAUAUCAUUUACUCCAACCAUCUGCUGAAUAUAUGCACGACGUUAUGAAGCGGAUUUUGGCACCAGGCGAAACAUUCAUAGACAGCUUGAUUGACGAUGUGGUGUUAUGGUAUUCGGGGCUAGUCGAUACAAUUGGGCAGCUGUGCCCAGACAUGGCGCUAAAGGAAAAAUCAAGUUAUACAACUAUCAUACGUAAAGACAAAGAAGUAAAUGUGAAGGACCCUGACAGCUCGUUUUUGAAUGAGUAUACCAACUUAACGGGUGGUUUAUUGGACGCAUGCUUAAAAGGUGCUGUCGAGGCGGCUGCAUCACUUGAAGCAAGAUCCAAAAUUUGCGAAAUGACAUAUAAGGAGGUAGCUGAGGAAGGUGGUAAGCAACCGAAACAUACACCACGUAAAUCGCAUGUAUAUAACCAUGCUUAUACCGAAUGUCCAAAAAAUGUUGUACCGUCGGAAAAGGAGACGUGCGAUUCUGCCGAGGAAUUUAAGAUUUAUGUCAAAACUUUAGCUGAAAGUGUUGGAAAGGUGUUAUCAUGCGCUAAGGAUUCCAGUGUAGAGUGUGACGAUAUUGGUGAUUUGUGCCAGAACCUGGAAGUGACUAGCUGCGGUACGCCUGCUGAUACGUCCUCGUGCCCUCCGAGCUGUUGCAAAGAUAGUGAGACGGCUAGAUUUUCGAGAUUUGUGACACAAUUGGUGAAUUGUGUAUCCGAAAAUAAAGAAUUGAAAUGCAAUCAUUCCGGCCCUCCCGGAUCGCAGUGCAGUUGCUGCGCGGAUGAGAAAGGCAUGUUGGGAGCCAAAACCAUAGCGGAUGCAGUAUACCCCAUCUUAAAGUACUGUUUUUGUUGUGCAAAAUGUGAUCCUUCGGGUCCAACUGCGUCGUUAUCGUGUGGAAUUCUUUUUAUUUUCCAUACCGUAUAUACUAAGGUUUGUGACAAUAAGGGCGUCCAAGUGUGCACUAAAUCUCCGAGUUGUACGUCGACUGUAUCACCGUCUCUUCAAAACUGUUCAUGCUCAUCUCCACCAUCUAGUUGUCCACUUUGUGACAAAGUGAAGGAAGUGUGUCAUGGUAUGAAAACCCAUGUUUGUCGCAAUCCAUUAUGUUGGAGGGAACGGGUGCGAUGUUAUGUAAUGUGUGGAGCAUCGUGCGGCCCUACGUCUAAAAAGUGUGAAGAGGUUAAUUGCCAAGGUUGCAAUUGCAAACAAGGAACUGUGUGCGGCGAGGGCUGUAACUUGAGAAGGCUUUCAGAUUCUCUAUUUCAUUGCGAUGGGUGUUUGGAAACUCAAAAGUCGCCAAGAUCCAAAGCUGCUACUGUUGCUGUUGCCCCACAUAAAUGUAAGAUGAAGAGUUGCGCAUGUUCAGAGCAGAUAGAAAUGAAAUAUGGUAGCCCAAUUGCCAUGGGUACCUCAUGUUGCAGCCACAAACUAGGGUGUGCGCUGCAGAUAAUAACCGAGGAUGUCAAUUCACUUAAAAGCAAUGCGACGACGUUAAAGGUAAAUUUAGUGAAGCUAACACAAUGUGCGGCGGAAAUAUCACAAAAUGUUGCUAAAGUUAAUAAAUCCCUGACUGCUUUCUGCAAUUUGUUGGAAUUUGCUCACUGUGGCCUCAAAAAAAGGAUGGCAAAAAUGGAGAAGAUGUAUGAAGUCGCAGGGAAAGUACGUACUACCUUCCCUUGCUACGAACAACAGAUCAACCAAAUUGCUGCGGCGGAAGAGCGUGUUGUACAAACGCUUCUGGGACUGUUCAGAUUUUGUUUAAAGGUUGCUUACAAAAAUAUUUUGCUUAUUCAAAACAUAACGUGGACGCUAGCCACUGUUGCCAUGCAAUGUCUGCGCCUAAAAUUCCUCAACACAAAGAUAACGCAGAUAAAGGCUCAGGUGAACAGAGCUUGGUACUCUUUAGUAGGCAUGAAAGGUAGUAAAACGUCAGCACUUGGCUUUGUCAGCGGCUCACCCGGCUUCAAUACCUUAAGCACGGAGGACAAAUUGAGUGUUGUCUACAACGCUCGUCUCAAGGGAGAACGUGCAUCACAGAGAUUCAAACCCAACCUUGACUAUUACUCUGACGUUGGCCCGUUUGCCUGCCUCAAAUACAUUUGGGUCUUGCUAUGCUUCUGGGCGGUUAUGGGAUUCUUCCAUUGGUUCGGUGUACAGCAUUCUGUCUCUAGAUCCAAAACAUUGUUGACCGCAAUUACGGCUUUAAGCGCACUACACUUGUCGUCAGCUGUUAUGAGCGGAACUUUGCAUAGGGGAGCGGGAAAUGGAGCCGGGGGCAAAAUGGGAACGCGCAUUAAUCUCAUGGUGCUGCUGGGUAUAGCGGUUAUCCUCAUUUUAUCCUGGAUUUCCAACAUCACCGGUACGUAUAGGGAAACGACGAACUCCCUUAAUUAUGUAACCGAAAAGUUGCGAGUUGUCGGAAUCUAUGACAACGGCCAACCGCCGGCAACCCAGCUGAUCAAGAGCACCGUCACGAAAACGUUCCUCUCGGACAUCCAAAGCGCCUUUGGUAUAUGGGGAUCCAGUGGAUCCUCACGUGCUGGCUCUAUCCCCCUGUGGUAUGUAUUGGGGCCCUUAUCGCAAACCACUGCCGGAGCGAAUCCACAUGGUAAUAGAAGCAUCCAGAGGAAAGAGGUUAAAUUCCACCAUUUUGUAAUGGAUCAGGCAAUGACUCCCAUAAAAUCACUGGAUUGGGUGUUGAAUCUUAUGUCGUUCCUGCAAUUGUUCCCGGAUGAUGCCCAAAUGAUCAAUGUGUCUGCACCGUUCUUGAGGAAUCUCAACCCCGACGCGGAACUACUGUGGGUAGGCUGGGAGACGAACACGUACCUAACCGACGACUUCAUGAACAGCAUGAUUUACUUCCACAAUGUCCUACAUGAUCUAAAUUUGGACUUGUUGGAGGAAUUGCAUCACAUGGGAAAAAUGGAAUACAAGCUCAAACUCAUAUCGCUGUGGAACAUUUUCUUUAGGGGGCAGAGCAACACGGUGCCUCUUCAGGCCACAAAGUUCAAUGUGGAGCGCAACAUGGUGAUGAACAAACAAAGGAAACUCCAACAGGAGGAGAUUGCCGUCCGGUACAUCAAUGACUGGCACGAAUUCCACACGUGGCUUGCCAACUGCUCCAGAUACGUCUAUAAACGAAAGCAGUAUUAUGAAAAGAAAAUGGAGGAGCAGGUUGCUGCCGAAACGGAAGCUAAGGAGGAACCGAAAGUCGCAUCAUCAUGGAUGGAUGGCGGUCGUGAUCUUUUCAGCUCCGAGGAAAGCACCCCCGACAUAUCCCAACCCAUAAAUGCAGCUCCAAUUGCAACUAUGGACGGGGAUAGCGAUCUUGGAGACGACGAUGGUACGGAUUCUGACCUCGACGAAACAUGCAGUCGCGGGUGCUGGAAAUUGAGGAAGCGCCUUGCUGCGAAGCUAGCUGGCAAAACCGAUGGGGCGGACGACUCAUCAGGACACAACGGCGUCGUAUCAAAUAAUAAUAAAUCGGCAGUGAAAUCAAUGCCAGGGGGUGGCGAUAACACGCGCAGGGAAAGGUAUCUGAAUAUAGAGGAACCAGCGGACCCACUCGAGUGGCUGUUGUUGCACGAACCAUGCGAAGAAUGCGUAGAGCACUUCAAACGACAGGGAGCGCAAGUGUUUACCGAUGGAAGCGAAAAAGCCAUCUUUGUUCUCACCACUGGUCGUCUCUACGAAGAUAUCCAAGAAAAGGAUGAAUUGCUGGAGCAAGCGGAAGAGUGGAAACGUAAGAAGGAAGUCUUCUGCAGCAAUUCAAGCGAGUUUGCGGAAUCAUGCUUGGCAGCAGUGAAAGAAACCUACGACAGGGUCGUUGAGUUCGCUGCGGAGGAUAACAAGGGAAACCUCGUUAAACUAUUACACGAUACCAUCACGGAGAUGAAGCCCACUAAGCAUCAUCACAGGCACAUCAAAGACCCAACACCCAAAGCGUACUUGCCAUCGACGCUGCGGGAGAAGAACGAUGUUGCCGCCUUGUAUAGGGAGGCUUUGUUGAUGGCACACCAUAAACAGACUGAGAAGCCGAGGUCUGAGACCUCGGAAAAGCACCGACGCGCAAUUGUGCGCGCGACUAAAACGGAAGAUCCCAUUAGGGACUGGUGGCAGCUGCUGACGUGGAUGGGCCAGUGGCUGUGGACACAGAGAACCGCCGAUGUAAGUAACGUCCUCGAUGAGGGUGACCGUGCCGGCGGAGCCGCUGCGGGGCCUGGUUCCAGGCUUUUCUGUGUAUUUUGUGAGGUUUAUGAACAAGGUGAGAUUACCUUCUCUCUCGCGAGGAUGGCAGCACGGUCGCCCUUGAAUAUGAACCCCGACGCCAGUAGACCCUGUAAUGCCACGGACAUUGAAGAAAACUGCGGGAACAGUCCCAUGAUCAUGACCGGAAUCAUCGUAGUAGUGCACUUCAGUAGCCUUCCUCCAAAGUUGCUAAGUGCAGAUUAG